AUGAUUAAUGAUUUGGAUAUUAACAUGUGUCCCCUAUCUCCUUUGGAAUUUCAUACUAAUCAAUAAUAGAUCAUUUCUGAAUAAUUCUUGGAAUAUGAAAAUCGAUCAAAAAAAUGUAGAGUUAGUUCCUAAUGUUUACUAAUUAAAAAGUACUAUUUUUAGAUCAUAAUAGAAAAAUUCGACAAAAGAAAUCUCGACCAUCUGUCCUUCAUAUAGAAGAAGUAGUUAGAAAUGUGAAGUUAUACAAUACUUGUUCUAGCCAAUAGAAUUUAGAGAAUCUAGAAAUUAUUUAAAAUAAACCUCUUGUGAAAUCUAGUUGA